AAUAAAUCGCGUCAAUGAUCGAACUGAUAAAUACUUAGGAAGCGUAUCAAUGUCUAACACCGAAAAGUCCAUCAUAAAAUAUCACUCGAAAUGUUCUGAAAGUAUCAUUUCACACGAUUUCGUCCCAAUCCUCAACCUAAGACUCUUUUCCCGCCAAUUUCCUAACUAUGCGGUCGAGCAUGGUGUUCCGCCAAUUCUGAGUGUUUAUUUCUCAACGAACGCGAAAGCUAUUAACGUCAGAGUGAUCGAUACAGUAUCGUGAUCACGAUCAAAGCACUUUCUGGACGAAGAACAUUUUUAUUCGACCGAAAAUUAGAAGACCAUGGCGUCGCGAUGUGUCUGUCGGAAGCAAAGUCGAAGAGGUUGAGAGAGAAGCUGUCUGGUAGCAGGGGCGACAUAUCUCGUGCCAUCUGUAGUUGCGAAAUAAAUCGAAGCAAUGCGUUUAUCAACGAACUGACCAAGAUCCGUCGCCCGUCGGGUUCAAAGUAGCCACGAGAAGCCGGACUCGAGGUCCCGUCAAGCCCUGUGACCUUUCGUAGUUUGUGGUGACCUUCACGUGAGCUUGGCCGUGGAACUUGCACGGACUGCCCACCCACUUGCUCCUCGUCUCUACACUUUAACGCCGCGAAACGCUAUUUCGAGCAAAAGUACGCGUGUACCCUCCGUGUCGGAUAAAUCACUGCUCGUUCCGUAAUUUCGUCGAGCAUCACGAAUUGAAAACGAGCCAGCAAAAUGUCAAGGGAACGCGCAUCUAGAAGAUUUUACCGUGUAGAUAGCAGUAAUGAUUUGCUCGAGUUUAUGGAUCGUGGUUACACUGCGCAACACGAGAACAGAUGGAAUUUUGAAGUUGCAUGGGAGGCUGCGAACAAAGUUGGUGGUAUAUACACUGUAAUAAGAUCCAAAGCUUAUGUUUCCACGGAGGAAAUGGGAGACCAGUAUUGUCUCAUUGGUCCGUACAAAGAAAUUUCAGCUCGUACAGAAGUCGAGGAAGCAGAUUUCCCACGUAACAGUCCGUUGCAUUUAGGUGUUCAAGUUCUACGCGAUCAGGGAUUUAAAGUGGUAACAGGAACAUGGCUAGUGGACGGAAAUCCACAAAUAAUACUCUUCGAUAUUGGAAGCGCCGCAUGGAAGUUGGACGAAUACAAACAGGAAUUAUGGAACACUUGCCACCUUGGUAUUCCUCACCUGGACAUAGAGGCGAACGACGCAGUUAUCCUGGGCUACCUCGUUUGCCAAUUUAUUUCCGAGUUCAGAAAAGCUGCCGAAGGAUAUUCCGACGUUCCUCCCCGCGUGGUCGUCCACUGUCACGAAUGGCAAGCAGGCGUUGGGAUAAUAGCUUUAAGAACUAGGCACGUGGACGUUGCCACGGUUUUCACCACCCACGCCACUCUGCUUGGAAGAUAUCUUUGCGCAGGAAAGACUGAUUUUUAUAAUAAUUUGGAUAAGUUCAAUGUCGACGAGGAGGCAGGGAAGCGGCAAAUUUAUCACAGAUAUUGUAUGGAACGUGCAGCCUCUCAUUUAGCGCACGUGUUCACAACCGUUUCGGACAUAACCGGCUUCGAGGCUGAACAUUUACUGAAACGAAAACCGGACAUAAUCACACCGAACGGGCUCAAUGUAAAGAAAUUCGCAGCGUUGCACGAGUUCCAAAAUUUACACGCCGUUAGCAAAGAGAAAAUACACGAGUUUGUCAGAGGUCACUUUUACGGUCAUUAUGAUUUUGAUCUGGAUAAGACAUUGUACUUCUUCAUUGCUGGACGUUACGAGUUCGGGAACAAGGGCGCAGACAUCUUUAUCGAAGCAUUGGCCAGAUUAAAUCAUUAUUUGAGGACGUCUAGGCCCGACAUGACUGUAGUUGCUUUCCUUAUUUUUCCAGCGCGAACCAAUAAUUUUAACGUAGAGUCAUUACGUGGUCAUGCUGUCACCAAAUCGUUGAGAGACACGAUCAGCGACAUACAACAAAAGAUUGGAAAACGAAUGUACGAAUUGUGUCUAUCCGGUCGUAUGCCCGAUGCACAAGAUCUUCUACAAAAGGAUGACACUAUAAAAAUUAAACGGUGUUUGUAUGCUUUGCAAAGGAACGGUUUACCGCCAGUCACCACCCACAAUGUAGUGGACGAUUGGAACGAUCCGGUACUGACUUCUAUCAGGAGAUGCAAUCUCUUCAAUACUGUUAACGAUCGAGUAAAGAUAGUGUUCCAUCCAGAAUUCCUGUCAUCGACAAACCCACUGUUUGGCCUAGACUACGAAGAGUUUGUCAGGGGAUGCCACUUGGGCGUGUUCCCGUCUUAUUACGAACCCUGGGGCUACACCCCCGCUGAAUGUACUGUUAUGGGCAUUCCUAGUAUCACUACGAAUCUGUCUGGGUUUGGUUGCUUCAUGCAAGAGCACAUAGCAGACCCAAUGAGUUAUGGUAUCUAUAUCGUAGACAGGCGAUUCAUCGGCCUGGAAAAUACCAUCCAGCAACUUGCUCAAUACAUGUUCGAUUUUGCGCGACUCAGCCGUCGACAGCGUAUCAUUCAAAGAAAUCGCACGGAACGUCUCAGCGAUCUUCUCGACUGGAGAAAUCUUGGAAUCUAUUACCGCCAAGCGAGAAUAAAGGCUUUGAUGAAAGUCUAUCCAGAAUUAGUGUCGGAGUACGCCGAGGGUGGCGUGGGACGUUUCAGUUAUCCGAGACCUAUCAGCGAGCCACCAUCGCCCUCUUCUUCGCGACAUACUACACCCGCUGCUUCGGUUCACGGUUCUGACGAUGAAGACGAGGACGAAGACGAAGUUGACGAAGAAAAAGAGCUACAAGAAUUGCGCCAACCAAACGGCAGAUAAAAGACUAACAAUAUUGGGGACAGUAGAAUGUGAUGAAUAAUUUACGUACACUCGAGGAAUACUUUUAAGACGGUAAUACGAGAAUUUGUUGCCUGUGUGGUUCAUCACGUUCUUUCAUUAUUUUCAGUUGCACCAUCAUAUUACUCUCAGUUAUACUUCUGUACCAUGCAUUCACACGCAAAGCUCAAACACGACGAGGCAAUAGCGUAAUAUAAUAUAUAUAGAACAGUAUUUAUACGACACGCAAAAUCAUUGAAAACAACAGUCUUCCUCCGAUCGAACUCCCGCAUAAUGUUCCAUAUAUA